GCUUCGGGAAGAAACGCAUGGGAUUGAAGUCUGCGAACGCUAAAUAUUUGUCAAAUAACUUUAUAUUGACGUUCUCUCUAAAUUAAAUUUAGAGCAGAGCAAUGCGGCCAAUAAAGCUUCCAGAGCCUCCCGGCGUUUCAGCUGGAAUGCCCGAAAUUUUCGACAGAGGGGUGUCAAGCGUAGUGAGAAGGGCCGUCAUUAUUGGUAAUGGGAUUGCUGCCUCCGAAAAUCAGUGCUUGGGCCUCGUUAGAGCCCUUGGACUUUCUGCCAACCAUUCCCUUUAUCGUAUUACUAGACCACGUGGGGGUUAUAAUGAAUGGUUGAGAUGGCUUCCUGUUUCUCUUCACAAAAGACUGGAUUAUCUUAUAAGGCAUAUAUGUGUUAAUUUGCCUCUUCUAAAGAAUAUAGGAGCAAAUCAGGUUACACCUUUUCCUUUAGAACAGAGCACUAGUACAGAUUCCAUGUCUAUUUCAGAUGCUGAUGCAAGACAAAUUGCAGCAAUAGCUCGUGAUUCCUCAGGAAAAGACGGACCCUUGUUGGUGGUUGCAUCUGGUCGAGACACAAUUUCAAUUGCAAGCGCAAUAAAAAGAUUAGCUCCGCAAAAUACAUUUGUAGUACAGAUACAGCACCCAAGGUACAAGCUCAAUCGUUUUGAUUUAGUGGUGACCCCUCACCAUGAUUUUUAUGCUUUGACUCCUUCUGGACAAGAGCAAGUUCCUCGUUUUCUUCGAAAUUGGAUAACUCCAAGAGAGCCUCCAGACAGACAUGUGGUCCUUACAGUUGGAGCUUUACAUCAUGCUGAUUUCACAACAUUGCGAAAAGCUGCUGCAGAGUGGCAUGAUUAUUUGGCACCACUUCCAAAGCCAUUGCUUGUUGUAAACAUAGGAGGACCAACAAGUAAGAAUUGAUUCACAACUGAAAUU